CUAAUUCACCCCGGGCACCACAUACUCUGUGUUUCCUGAAUGGAAGCGGUCAGGGAAGAGCUACCGAGAUUUUCUUGGGUUAGACCGGAUAAAGAGACUAAAUUAGGGUUUAUGUGGCUUGCUUACGCCGCCCAACGACAAACUCGCUCCAUUCUUCUCAUUCGGCAUUUGAACUCGAUUCCCAUAAAGAAACAAACGACCAUCAACGUUGAUUACUACCACAACAAGAAGAACACUUAUAAUAUAGUAUUGUAACGAAGGGGGUUCUCGCUUUCCCUCGGCCACCGAAUCCUCCAUUAGUCCGACAUAGUACAACAGUCCAGUCGAAGGAGACAUGUGUUUCGGCAGCAAGAAAGACGUCGGCGAUGGCGAGGCGCCGCGGCCUGCACAGAACCAGCAGCAGCAGGAUGCGCCAGAACACAAGAUAGCGAGUGUGCCGCCACAGUACCACCCGCAACAGCAGCAAUCGCAGUUUCAGCAGCCCGCGGGCCCUCCGCCGUCGCACCGGCCCCCGGCGAGCUCGGGCGGUGAGGAUUAUGCUCCCCCUCCUGGUCCUCCUCCGGGCCAACGACACGGUGAUGGCUAUGGGCCUCCCCCCGGUCCGCCUCCCGGCCAGAGACCCGCGGAGGCUCCCCUGGUUCCCUCGAACAGGCCUGGCGACGAUUUCGCGCCGCCUCCCGGACCGCCCCCCUCCCACCGAGCUCAGCAAGGCGGCGAUGACUUCGCUCCCCCCCCGGGGCCGCCUCCGGGACAUGGCGCCUCCGGUGCGGAGGACUAUGCCCCCCCGCCGGGCCCUCCCCCGUCUCAUCUAAACAACCUGAGCUACGUAGCACCACCCCCCGGUCCGCCGCCCGCUGACAACAAACCCCAGCAUGCCUGGGAAGCUGUCGUGCCGGAUACGUCCCUCUUCCCGCCUCCGCCCAGCUUCUUCUCCGGCUUUGACCGCUCGCCGGCCAACAAUGCCACCGAGGCCGAGGCCGAGGCCGGCGAGCAGUGGUGCGCCCAACACCCGCUGAUCGCUCCCAUAACCCUGGACGACCACGCCGUCGCCGCGCUCAAUGCCCACAAUCCGCGCCUCAUGCAGCCCGACGUGUAUCGCGGCACCCUCACCUGCACCGCCCCGGGAGUCUGGGAGGGACGCACCAACUCGCAGGCGACCGACUCCACCAUAAUCGCCUACCCGCCGCUCUACAGCGUCAUGCUGCACUCUCCCCUGGCGCCGAGCAACGCGGCGCGCCGCAAGACGAUCUACUACGAGGUCCAGCUGACGCAGGCGAACCCGCGGCGGGACAUCUGCCUGGCAAUGGGGUUCACGGCGCUCCCGUACCCGUCCUUCCGCAUGCCGGGCUGGCACCGCGGCUCGCUGGCGGUGCACGGCGACGACGGGCACAAGUUCAUCAAUGACCGCUGGGGGGGCAAGUCCUUCACCACGCCCUUCGCGCCCGGCGAGCGCCUCGGCAUCGGCAUGACCUUCUGGGACGCCGGCGGCGGCCGCGUCGAGGCCGACGUCUUCUUCACCCGCCAGGGCCGCGAGGUCGGCCGCUGGAACCUGCACGAGGAGACGGACGCCGAGCAGGACCUGCCCGUCACGGGGCUCGAGGGCUACCACGACCUGAGCUGCGCCAUCGGCACCUGCGGCGAGACCGGGUUCCAGGUCAUCUUUGACCCGGCUAGGUGGCUGCACCGGCCGGCGGGUUACUGACGAGAGUGUAGGAUUAGGGGAGGGGAUUUUUUUU